UCAAUCAUAUAAUAAUUGAUUAUAUUUAACAGUCAGACGAAAUGCGUAAGUAUUACUUGAAUUAAUAUACCAGUUUUGAUUGAAUCAAAUUACUAACAUGUCUCUUUUUAGCUACGCUACCUCCAGGAUUAUCAUCCGCCAAACCAACUGCAAGUAACGAAUCAACACGAAGUGACAAUGAUAUGAAUAAAUAUGGUAUGUCAGGAUUGAACUCGUUAAUAAGAAUGGAAAAAACAGAUUAUACAUCAUAUGCUAUAGGGCAAGAUAUCACCAUGAGUGGUCUUGAUUUAUCAAAAGAAUCCAAAAUACUUAAGAAUUUAGCUUCACCUUGGUCAGAAACAUCCAGAUCCGAAGUAGAACCUUACAUUUCAAUGCCACCUUCAAUAGUCAGCGAAAAUAUCAUCCCAUCACCAGGCCCAUGCGAUAAUAAGAUUCAGUCAUUCACAGAUGAAACUUUAUUUUAUAUAUUCUAUAUGAAACCAAGAGAUACUCUACAAGAAUUUGCUGCUCGAGAAUUAGUAGCUAGAAAUUGGAGAUAUCAUAAAGAUAUUCAAGUAUGGUUAACUAAAGAUAGUAAUGUUGAACCAGUGUUGCUUAGUCCUGAUGUCGAAAAAGGUGUAUAUAUAUUUUUUGAUCCUCAUAAUUGGGAAAAGAUUAAAAAGGAGUUUGUUUUACAUUACUCUUCAGUUCAAACCUAGAUCUUAUUUUGUAUUAUAAU